CGACAGCAGCGGCAGCAGUAGUAGCAGCUGUCGGUCGGCAGUGUCGUGGAAGAGCCCACACCUGACCCACGUCUCGCGAACCAAAUCGGCCGGGCACACAUGGUCGUGACUUACGCACAUCCGACCGGCCGACCGUCCGCCGCCAAAGUUUGAACCCGUUUUGCCGACCCGCCGGCCGCCGCCUGCCCAGAUAUUUUUGAACGCGUAAUCAUUAUUUCUCGCCAUCUCCCGAUGCUCGCCGGACGACGAUGACGAAGACGACCGCGUGCCACGGUGGACUGGCGAUCACGACGUGGUGGUGUUGGUGGUGCACAGCCGCUCUGGUGCCGUUCGUCAUCGGUAUGGCGACAUGUCUCAAGGACGUGUUCAUAGAAGUCCCCAUAGCGAUAAGAGAAGGUAAUACUGCCAUCCUGCGAUGUGACUAUGACUUAAAACAAGAAGCCUUGUACACAGUCAAAUGGUAUAAAGGCCGUCGUGAAUUUUUCCGUUAUGUGCCUAAAGAGUUGCCGCACACAAGAGUGUUCCCUUUGCCCUCUAUAAACGUAGACGUCAGCGAAUCAGGGCCAAACCAAGUGGUGCUGAGACAAGUGACGCCCGAAUUGGAUGGCAAGUACAGAUGUGAAGUUAGUGCAGACGCGCCAACAUUUCACACACAAAUUGUAGCUGCUUGGAUGCACGUUGUCCGGACAAUGGACGGCAAACCAGAGUUACAUCUUGAAAAGCCACAGUAUUCUCUUGGUGAAAAGUUGAGAGCAAAUUGUUCAUCUCCGCCCUCAAAUCCACCUGCAAAUAUCACUUGGUUCAUAAAUGAUAAAGGGCUGGGAAAUGGUCACAUGAUCAGAAUACCAUCAGUCAGGCCAUCCGGUGAAUUAUUUAAGACUAUCUCGUCAAUUGAAUACGACGUUUUAAUUGCUGGUAAGCUGAAGGUGAAAUGCCAAAGUGACAUAUACCACGUCAUUUGGUCGGAAACUGAAGUGAUGCUGGACGAAGAUAAACCAAGACUUGCGUCUAUUCUACAACCACAUGGUCAUUCGGCAGGAUUGAUGUCAUCUCCUUCGUUCAACAUAAUCUUAUUGAUCACAUGUGUGGUUAUAAGGUAACGAGUCCAACUUAAAAUGGGAAAAUGUUUCCAUCCGUUACCAUGUAAAAAUAUAGUGUAAAUUAUUAUAAUGCGUUGAUAAAGUAUAAAAUGUCGGUCAAAAUAAACCUCUAAUAUUUAAAUGGGUAUUUUGCCGAAAAUAUAUGAUAAACAGUGAAGCUACAUUUCUGCCAUAAAUAACUGAACAAUAUGUUUAUAACUAUCUACAUAAAAAAAAAAUACAUCAUUAUUAAACUCUUACCGAUUUAGCUACAGAUUUAUAUGUAUAUUUAAUGUGCAUAUUAUGAAUAUUUCAACUUGGAAAUAGUUUUGACUAUAUUUAUUAGUUUGGUUACAAAAUAUUAUAAAAAUGUAAAAGCAAUAGUUUUAACUCUUCGUGCAUUCAUAAGAAUCUAAUAUUUAUGUAAUUAACGACGCCAUGUUUUUGACAACUAUUUUUUAAAAACUGUAAGUAUUUUACAUAA